AUGGCUGCCUUUGCGCCCUCGAAAUUUCCCUCAGACGUCGUAGAGAAACCCCACCAAGAGCCCCCACCACCACAUCUCCAACACGGACCUUUCUCCCACCAGCUAAACCCGCCAACCGCGCCUUUUCCCACAAAUUCGCCCCAACUCUCACGCCGCACCUCACGCGAUCUCCGUCAUCAACUCUCCAGCGGCGCAAUGGCAGGCGCAAACGGCCAUGGGCCCAUGGCAGUGCCAGGUGGACGCGUCAACGAACAUAGAGCAAACUUGCGCGACAUGGGUUUCGCCGGCCCGCGCAGUCCGCCAAACAACAAGAAUACGUCUCAUGUACCUUGCAAGUUCUACCGACAAGGCGCCUGCCAGGCUGGAAAGGCCUGUCCAUUCCUCCACUCAGAUGAACCGCUGACGGAGCGCGCGCCUUGCAAGUACUUCACAAAGGGAAAUUGCAAAUUUGGCCAGAAAUGCGCUCUGGCUCAUAUUCUUCCCAAUGGUCACGUCGUAAACCGCGGGAAUGCUGGUGGCCACUUCAGCCGAAUGAACGUUCCCCAUCACCAAGAAAUUCCCAUGAAUAGCUCGCUACUCACCAUGCAGGCACAUAUGGGCGGCAUGCAGCCAGGCUAUCCUUACGCCAUGCAGGACGAGUACGUGAACCAAAAGAACCAGUAUGAUAUGAUCCCAACCAUCGACACCACCUUUUCAUCCCAUCCCGCUUCCAACUACGGCUCACCGCCUAAUGAAAACGGCCGCCUGCCUAUAUCGCCGACACACAAGGGUCUCAGUGUCAUGGAUGUCCAGCUUCCGGCUUCUUUUGACAGCCAAGGUAUCUCCACCAUGGCGCGCUAUGGUCCCAUGGCCUCGUCUGUGCCAGCCAAGUUCCUCGCAAACUCCCCGCCAUCCUCAUACCAAGCCGAUUCUCCCGCACUGCGGAACCUCCACGACUCCGCAUUUGGUGAUGGUCUGCGGAGAGGAAUUGGAGCCCUGGGCUCAUCCCCCCCGGAAUCUGUAGAGCAACCCAAUGGAAGGAGGAUGCUGCACUCUGAACUUGCUGCGAACCGCUCCCGCGGUCUCAUGUCAUCGAGUGUAGGUGCACGACCAACAUACAAGGACGAGGAAUGGGACGAGACAGACAUGAUUGGCAAAUUCGAAGAGGAUCUUCUGCCGAACUCGCUCAGCGAUUUACUUACACCCCAGGAAAAGAUGCGCCGCUUCUCGCGCGACCAAGGCGAACAUGAGAGCUCGCUUUCACACCGUGCUUCGCAAUCCAGGCUUGGUGUCUCUCCGACGGCAUCAGACCUCAAAUAUGGAUCACCGUCCGGAGCUACCGCUUCGCCAUCACGUUUCCAGUCCAUGUGGGCUAAGCCACGAGGACCCACGUACGACUCCGGAUUUGAAUCUGGUUCUUUGCCCGGGCAGUCGGCUUUCGGGCAUGUUGGCUCACCACUUCGUAAUUCGACCCUCCACCCUGGAGCCAGUCCCUCACUGCGCGCUAUGAACCGUCCCCAAACUGGUGAUACAAGUUCCUACCUCGCUUCCCCUCCCCGCCAAGCGUCAAUGAGCAUGAUCAGUCAGCAAUUGCAGCGUACCCGUCUAUCCAAUGAGCCGCCCAGCAUUACCAGCAACCCCGUUCAUCCAGGCAUCAACCGCGUCACCUCUGCCUCUAGUAUCGGCAGUUCGAGCGGACGUCUUGGAAUGGAUCGUGCUGUUAGCAGCAGCAGCAUUAAUCGUGAGAGGAUUGAAGAAGAGCAGGGCUUGUUCAGUAUGGAAGAAGAAGAAGACCUCAACAAGAGCAGAGACGGCGCAUCUACUACUUCAAGCACAAGCAACAAGCGCUUGAGUGGCUUGUCUUGGGGUAGUGGGGGCGGUAAGGGCAGCCCCAACCUCGCACCUGUUGGCAGCCAUCGCGCCAAUGGUACCUCAGGUCUCGGAAAAGAAUCAGGACCUUGGAGCAACAACGCUUAA